CAACGGCUGGCGGGCCCACCACCGCCCGCUGCAUGGCCGGCCUACAAGCGGUGCAGGAAGUACUUUGAGUGCGAAAUUUCGUCCAACUCUGCCAGCCCGUCGUCGAAGCUCGCUCGGCCCGUCAUAUCUGCGAGAUUGGAGUUGAGUUUCCUUUGAAACACGAUCAAAGGGGACGCGCUUCCGGACGGACAUUGAAGGGGAUUCUUUAUCCUUUCUUUGUUUCGCAAUUGUUUGGACGCUGACGGCACGAGCGCGCGUGCGGGAACGAUCUGGCUGCGCAGAACCGCUCGGCCGCCCGUGACAUCAGACGGAUUGGGACGUGCCAGGGUUCCGCGCUCGCUUAUCAGCUAGGUACGAACCAACAACCCGCCCCUUGGCCCGUCAUCAGCCCGCGGGGGGGACUGCCAUCACCAAAAGAAAAAGAAGAAAGAGUCAUUCCCGCACACAGGAAACAGAACAACGGGGCCGGCAAAUAUCCACGCAGCGAACCAUGGCCGACACCGUCGCGAGCCCGCCCAAGCAGAGCGCCGCCGCCGGUGCGCGGCCGCAGCUCACGACGACGAUGCGCAGCAGCUCGUACCUGAGCGACCACCAGCAGUACAGGCCACCGCGCCAGCCCGAGCCGCACCACGGCAUCGACACCGUCGUCGAGGACAUCAGCCCGGCCGCCGCCGCCGCCGCCGCCGCCGUCAGCCCACACCGAGGGUCGCCGUCCUCGGCGGCGCGGCCCAUCAUGCCCUUCAACGGCAUCCCCUCCGAGGACAACCCCCCCACGAUAGUGGACAGCGGCGUCAGCCACAGCUUCUCCCACCCCAACUGCGCGCCCGCCGGCCGCCGGCCCACGGACCGCCUCGUCGCGACGCUCUUCUACAAAUCCGCCGACAGGGGCUCGCCCUUGGCGGCCGCGAGAAGCCUCACCGGCGGUCUCUCGGACAGCAACGAGUCGCUCCCGGCCAACAUAGCGCCCACCACCAACAUGGACGCCUUCCCGCUCGAGCCGCCUACGCACGAGUCCGAACAGCUCGACCACCUCUACGGAUCGUACAUCUCCCCGCUGUGCAUCACCUCCUUCCUGCACCUCAUGUCCACGUUCCCCCAGCCUCAGGGCGCCGAGCCGCCGCACUCGUCGCAUCGCUGCCUGGACAGCUCGGAGAACCCGCGCGUUGUAGAGCUGACGCUCGCGCCUGCCCCGUCGCCAAAGUACCUCGCGCUGUCCGACCUGCGCAAGCACGAGAUGAUAUACCGCUUCGAGCAGGAGUGGAAUGUGGACGUGGCCUUGCAGCGGGAUCUGGUCUGGAGACGCCACCCGCGCCUCGUCGUCUUCGACAUGGACAGCACGCUCAUCACUCAGGAGGUGAUUGAGCUCAUGGCCGAUACCAUCAAGGAUCCGCCGAACCUGGCGGCCCGCGUCGCCGAGAUCACGCACCGUGCCAUGCUCGGCGAGCUCGAGUUCGAUGCCUCCUUCCGGGAGCGCGUUGCGCUGCUCAAGGGCGUUGAUGCGGCCGUCUUCGAGGACCUGCGACCAGUCUUGGAAGUCACAAAGGGCGUGCGACAGCUCAUCAAGGCUCUGAGACGGCUCGGCGUCAAGACGGCCGUCCUCUCCGGCGGCUUCCAGCCGCUGACGACCUGGCUCGCCGGGGAUCUGGGCAUCGAUUACGCCUACGCCAACGAGGUCGUCAUCGCGGACGGCAAGCUGACGGGCGAGACGACGGGCACCAUCGUCGGCAAGGAGCGAAAGCGCGAUCUCCUUGUCGAGAUCGCGGCCAAGGAGGGCAUUGACCUCGCGCAGGUCGUGGCCGUCGGUGAUGGUGCUAACGACCUCCUCAUGUUGGAAAAGGCCGGCCUGGGCGUCGCCUGGAAUGCGAAGCCGCGGGUGCAGAUGGAGGCAGACGCACGGCUCAACGGGGAGAGCCUGCUGGACCUGCUGUUCCUGUUUGGCUUCACGAGCGAGGAGGUGGAGAUGCUGGCUGGGUAAGCGGACGGUAGCUGGCGGCUGAGGCUCCCAGUGCCUUUUUGCUUUCGAAAUGCAUCUUGCGCAGCGGGAAUCGAGUUUUGUUCGUCAGUGGGCUAAGUGUCUGGGUGUACAAGGAGUUUUUUUCGAGUGUCGGGCGUGUGAGGCGACCACGAAGUUUGUUUGGCGCAGUCAGGAAGGUUGGUGCGAGAAGACGUUUCAGCAAAGCAUGCCUUCUGCUGUAGCAGCUAGAGAUGGGCAUGGUGCGCCCAUUCAUGGACAGGAUAGCAUGGCGUAGGCUAGUAACUCUUUUUAACUGUC